CCUCGGGAGGAGGAGGAGGAAGAGGAGGAGGAGGAGGAGGUAGCAGCGGAGCAGGAACGGCGCUGGAAGCAGUGGGAGCGGGACAGCUCCGACGGGACGGGGGCCCCGGCUGUGCCCCCCAGCAGGAAUAGACCGUCCCCACAAUCUGUGCCCUCUCCCCCGGCUGUCGGACUCAUCCCUCAUGCCGGGGAAGCUGAGGCGCAGCAGGCAGGAGGUGCUGGGGCAGAAGCAGUGGCGGAGCCUGGAGGAGAGGGGAAGCGCCCAGCUGGAGCAGCCCAAGCUCACCAGAUCCAGGACCUAUGAGUCCUCCUGCAAGGAGACAGAGCAGGCAACCACGGGCAGGCAGGGACCCCCAUCCCCCUCGCUGAGCAAGCAGGACAGCAGCUACCGCCGGGUCUUCGGGGAGCUCGCCGAGCAGGACGUGCUGCUGGGCUGCUUCUCAUGCGCCUGGCAGAGAGAAAUGCCCUACCACGGCCGCCUCUACGUGUCCUCCCGCCACAUCUGCUUCCAUUCCAACCUCCUGCUCAAGGACAUCAAGGCCGUGGUCCCCGUCGCUUCCAUCUCAGCCCUCAAAAAGACCAACACGGCGCUGCUGGUGCCCAACGCAAUCAGCAUCCGCACGGCCAAGGGGGAGAAGUUCCUCUUUGUGUCGCUGCGCCAGCGAGAGGCCACGUACCAGCUCCUGAGGUCGGUGUGCAAACACCUGCAGGACAGCGGCCAGAGCCCUCGAGACUCAGUGAGCUAUGAGGAAACCCUUGGGAAGUCUCAGAUCUCGAGCCAGUCAGCCCUGGAGCAGAGCACCCCGGAGCCCAACAGCGUCCCCGAAUCGCUGGAUGAGCCAAACCCGAGAUCAAGACAGGCGGAGGACGAGGAUGGCGAGGUGGCCCUGCUGGUUCCCAGCAGCAGCAAAUGGGCGCCCUCAGCAGAGAAACGUGGCCUCUGGGGGAGACCCCACGCCGUGCUCUGGGCAUGGGCCACUGCACUUUGGUCCCGGAUAAACCCCCAGCUGAGCUCUCUCAACAUCAUCAUCAUCAUCUACCUGCUGCUCAUGGUGGCCUUGCUGCUGUCCUCGGGGUACAUCGGCCUGCGCAUCGUGGAGCUGGAGCAGCAGCUGUCCUUCGCGGGGGCUGGGCCACACCUCAACCUGUCACCGCAGUACAAGACAACGUGAGGCCACUGAGGACCGUCACCAGAGCUCCAGCCGGGGGGCAGGGGGUCCAGGGGCUGCUCUGAGCCCUUCCUUGGCCUCCCGGGGGGGCUCUGUCACCAAGCGCCUUCCAGCUCCCCACGAUCCCAGGGAAGCCCACAAGCUGAGAGGCUCCAUCUCUCCCUGUCUGCCCACCCUGAGCAGCAGCAGAAGAGACCCAGGGAGCUCCCGGCGGGGCAGAGAGCAGGGAAGGGGGGCUGGAGUCAGCACCAACCCCAGCCAGCCCUCCCUGCCCAGAGGGAGCAGGCAGAGGGGGUCAAGCCCCAGGCAAGGCAGGGGCACAGAGAUCAGAAUAGUCCAUUAAUAAAGAUUUAUAAUAAUCUAUAUUAUAUUAAUACUUAUUAUUUUCUGGGCCAGAUGCCACAGGAUGAGCAUGAACUAGUCCCCCAUGCAUCCCCUGCUUCCCAGAACAGACCAGGACACGGCAGGACCCAGAGCUUUGACUCUGACUGGUGUGGGGAGGCAGCUCUAGGUGCUGAUGUCCCAGGGGUCCAGGGAGCAGCAGAAGACCCUAAGCAGCCCCCCGGGGCACUGGCUGCUGGUGACAAUGGGAGGCAGAGGGGAAGGGGGCAGUGGGGGGGGGCACCAGGGCUCUGCAGCUGCUCAGGCCCUGGCUCUUACCCUGCUCCUUCCCUAGGACAGAGCUCACCUGCCAGAGGAAGGUGUAGGUCACAGGUACACGGUGGGGACAAUGGGUUCCCACAGGCUUUGAGCAUGAACUGGGGAUUAGAGCAGAGCUGGGGGCACAGCAGAACCUGCACCCCACAGAAGGAUCCACUAGCCCAAAGCCCUGGGGCUUAAUCCCUUUCUAGGCCAGUUAAGGGGCUCUGGGGCUUCCCCCAAGCACCAAGAUGGGGAAACUGAGGCACUGACAACUCCUUUCUCUGUGCUAUUUCCUGGGCCAUCCCUUCCUCAGACCCACAGCUCAGCUCUGUGCCUGGGGCAGCAGCAGUGGGAGAUGCCAAGGUCAGGGAUCCUCGCUCUCCUCAUCCUGCUGCUCAGCCCCAAGGAGCAGCUCUGCCCCACAGCACCCAGCCUGGGGGGACUUCCAGCAGCAGGCCUGGAACAAGGCACAGGGCUGUGGGCACAGGGCUGUACCCCACGGGAGAGGUGCCCAGGGAGGGGGUGCCUCCCCGUGAAGGUCCCACCUGCAUGGAGACAGCAGGACCGAGGGGCUCUGCACCCCCAGCCUCGCUGCAUCUACACCCUGGCAACUGCCCCACACCAAGGGGGGCUGUACCAGGCCAGGGACCCCUUUUCCUCCUUCCUGCCACGCCAAGGGGCACAGGGCAGGGCAGGGAGGGCGGCUGUGCCCUUUCCCAGCUGCAGGAAAGCAAACAGGAGCGGGAAGCUGGGAGCAAUAAAUCACAGGUGAGGUCUGUGCCAAGAAAGCUGGUACCCGCAGAGGUGGGGUGGGGACCCUGGGGACUUGCUGCACCCUUCACUGUGGAGAAGCAAAGUGGAGCCAUGGAAACCAAUCCCAGUAAAUUCACAACCUGUUUAAUGCCAGUUCAAUUGCUUUACAUGAAAAAGUUACAGCGUGCUCCACGUUUGCUUUCCAUCACAUGACACCUGGGAUACAAUGAUGCCACAGACUGUCACCCAGCUCUGGGAGGACCCUGUGCCCGAGCCAGUGCCCACGGGUCACACACGCUGACACAUCACCUCAGCUCUGCCCUCUUCUCUCUUGCAGCAGCCGGUGACAGCGACAGUAACACCCUGAGACACUUGCACACGCCCACCUCCACAGAUACAACUGGGAGCCCCUGCCUGGCAGCAGGGCAGAGAAGGUGGCGGUACCGGGCUGACAGCAGGGUCAGGGGUGAGCAGCCUGUUCCUAUCAUGCUCUGUCACCAGCACGGGUGGCCCCAGAACAGCCCUGGCCUGGCAAUCACCAGCCUCCCUGCCAAGUGCAGUAAGAGAAGCCACCGCAGGCCAACCUUCUCCCAAGGCAGACAGAAAAGCGAGAUGUAGACACAAGAUGUAGUUUGGGAAAGUCCUUGGCAAGAAGAGACAAUGGUGGGGGACAGAGCAAUGAGGAGCUAUCCCUGCUCUGCAGCUGGGAGCACUGGGCAGUGGCUGCAGUGACUACCUGGCACCCCACCCCACAGCACUGUCACUCCCCCCAGCAUCUUCUGGGACUCCUUGAAGAAGUUCCCUCAUCACAGGGGGAGAGGCAAUUCCACUCCUGUGGAGUCCCAGGGCACAGGGGAACCCAAACAUCACCACACUCAUCAUACAUUCCAGCUGGGUGCCCUGCUCCCUCCUGCUCCAGAAUGAGCGGAGCCCUCCUGUGUGUCCCCAUCCCAAGCACCUCCACCCUCCCAGAGGAGAAGGCAGCGUGUCCUGGGGGUCUGCACAGUGCUAUUUAGCAGGAGGCAGUCCACAACAGGAAAAUCCACAGCACACCCACCAGCCUCCCCAGCCCCCCUGAACAGCCCUUUCCCCAGGUGAUGAUACCCACAACAGACUACCUCUUCCUGCAGAUGACCCUUUACUUCAAACCCAUUCCCCAGUUGAAUGAUCCAACUUAAUUUAACACCUCCUGGGUGCUUUGGGUUGCUCCCAACCCACGGUGAUAUGGAACAGUGCCCACAAGUGGAACAAACACAAGAUGGGGCCGGGGGUGACUUAAAACCAUGCCACACAUCCCACGGCCAGAGCUACACUAAAGCAGUUGCACUCAAACAGUGUUUCAGAAACUCCAUGGAAAUUUCAUUUUGAUAGCAAGUGAGACUGUGAGAUGAUAAAGUGGCCUGUGGGCCUGGGAGACUCGGAGCUGCCAGGGGGCUCCCAGCACCAGCUCCUCACCAGUGACUCCCAGUACGUGCGACACAGGCGCAGCACCGCCAGCCUGAUCCAGGCACGGGUGCGGUGGCACAUGUGGUCAAGGCUGUACACACCUUUUCACACCUUGGCUCACCCUAAGGACAGGCAAUCAUAUUCCUACCACCUGGUUUUAGGGAAAGAAGGGAGAGCAGACAAAACAACAAAGAAAAAAAAAAAGAAACAGAAAGCAUUACCUAUGCAAUCUACAGGGAGAAGACAAGUCUAUAUACACAGGGAAUUCCACGUGGGAACAGGAAGCAACGCUGGGAGAGGGCAGGAGGCAGGCAGGGUCUGGGCAGGGCAGGCACAGGCACAGGUGAGAUGGAACAGGCUGUGAGCCCCAGCUUCUCUUAAAUUAAAAGCACCAUACACACACACACACAGCAUUUGUGCUACACCCCAUGGGCUCAAACACCAGCCAGAACUCCUGUCCCACACAACCUAAAACCACACAUCAAAACUCAACAGCAGGGCCCUGUGUGGGACUUGGGAGAUAACAAAAAAGCAACACUGCAGCCCUGCUUCAGGAGAACCCCUCUUCC